UUGGCAGAGGUCAAACGGGCUAACUGGUUGACCUUGGACAAAGACCUUGAAGGUCACGGUCAAUUUGACGCUGUUCUAUGCCUUGGCAGUUCAAUAUUACAUCUUGUUGACCGACCACCAGAACUCAAGCUCCAUCGACAAUGUCUGAACAACUUCCAGAAGUUCCUCAAACCGGGCGGCUUGCUCUUGAUCGAUCACCGUAACAUCGAUUCGAUGAUGGAUCGGGGGAUCGUCGUGAAUAAAAACGUGUAUCAUAAGGAGGAUACAUUACCAGGCGUUUCGACGAAAACCAUCACCGUUGAUGGCGUCCCAACUCAAGUGGAUAUAAUCUACGACAUGCUUAUGAAGGAUGGCGACACGGGAAACAACGGCUUCAAUAAAAUCGAAAAGGUUACUAUGCCUUUGGCUCCCGUCCAUGUUCACAAAUUUACCGCGCUUCUCAAAGACGUAUUUGGAGGAAAUUGCACAUACACCCUCUACGGCGAUCUGGAGGAAGUCAACAACGGGAACACAGAAAACAUAGCGUAUUUUCAACACGUCGUACAUGAAUAAAUAUCAUAGAAAUUGUCAUUCAAGGGGAAGUUCACCCUGACAAACAGAUAAUUGUAAAAAUAGCAGGAAAAUAUUUUAAAAAUAUUGGCUUGGGGAAGAUCCAUUAAAGAAUAACAAAGUUAUUAGAAUUUUAAUUACUUGAUUUCUGACGUCAUGCAAUGUAUGGUAAAAAAGUGAUUUUCUCCGAAAAUUCAAAUGGUUUUUAUUCUGUUUUCAGUGUAUCAAUACACAAAUGAUUUCACACCCGUUUAAAAAAUGAAACAUAAGUUAUAAAGUUAUACGAAUCAUUACAAACAUUAAAUUUAUGCAGUUCAUUAUAUGACGUAUCGGGCAGCUGCUCAUUUAUGACAUCACACAAAAUCUUGACAUUGUAAUAUCUUUCUUAAACUUAAAUAGAUUUUUAUUAGACCUUCACCAAUACUUUUUUUAUUGCUUUCCUGCUAUUUUUACAACUAAAUCUUCGUCAAGGUGAAUUUCCCCUUUAAAAAUGCGUGAUAUUUAGUGAGUUGCAUUCAGAUAAUGGUAAAAGCAAUAGAAAAUGGAAUAAAAAAGAGGGAAAUAUUAUGGAAAUAUUUGGAAACUUUUCAUGAAACAAAUAUUCAGUCAUUUUCACUUACAAGCUAUAUAUAAGCCUGUGAAAUCCAUUCAUCUGAUUGGCUUAGAACAACAAAGUUGGUGAAAAUCUCUGAGUGAUUGCUCCGUGAAAUGCCUCCCCUCUAUUAUGCCUUCCUAGAUGCAGCUGAUUACAUCAAAUCAUUUAUCAUUCCAUUUCAGUAUACUCUAAUACCUAGUCCCCACUUUCACGAGCAAUUUGUCCCACGAUUGAAACAGUGAUGUUAAAUGCGGAGUGAACCCUAGGUGGUCUCUCAAUGACUGUGUGUUGCAAAUGCACAGUCUCAAGAUAUACGUUUUCAUAUAUCUGCUAAUACUACUGAGAAUAAAUUGACCUAUAAUUGCAUUAUUUUGUAUAGCAAAACAAGAAUUUUUUAGAAGAAAAAUAACAGUUUUUUUAUACUUUGUAACACAAUUAUUGCGGUAUAAAUGUAAAGAGUAGAUAAUUAAAGUGUUAUGAUUCACGCGGGUCUAUAUUACUAGACUACACUAGCAUUAUGCGUCUGGAAAAUAAGCAGGUAUGAGUACUUGAGGACUCGAGGUGGCGCUAUUGGUUCGCAUCUGCUUUCAUCGUGUAAUUAUCGUACUGCUCGUAAUAAUCAGUCGUGUGAUUGCCAAUCUUAUACCUUA